AUGUCGGAACUUCCCAGUGUUUUAAAUAAAUUUUUCAAUUUUGUCGAUGAAAACAAAUCGAAAUAUAUUAAUGUCCUGAAAACGGCCGUUGCCAUACAAUCCGUUUCAGCAUGGGCCCAUAAACGUGAUGAAACUCAACGUAUGGUCGAAUGGACAGCUGAGAAAUUGAUAGCUCUUGGCGCUGAAGUCGAGUUGGUCGAUAUUGGCGAAGAAGAAUUGCCAGGUGGCCAAAAAAUACCCUUACCCAAUGUGAUUCUUGCCGAAUUGGGCAAAGAUGCCAAAAAGAAAACCAUUGUUGUCUAUGGUCAUUUGGAUGUGCAGCCCGCUCUCAAGGGAGAUGGCUGGAAUACUGAACCCUUUGAAUUGACCGAAAUCGAUGGUAAAUUAUAUGGUCGUGGUGCGACCGAUGAUAAGGGACCUGUCCUCUGCUGGAUUCAUGCCAUUGAGGCAUUCCAAAAGUUAAACAUCGAAUUGCCAGUAAAUGUUAAGUUUGUCUUUGAGGGUAUGGAGGAAAGUGGUAGCAUAAAUUUGGAUGAUCUACUGAUGGAACGUAAAAAUGAUUUUCUUGCCAAUACGGAUUUUGUUUGCAUUUCUGAUAAUUAUUGGUUGGGGAAGAAACGUCCCUGCAUCACUUAUGGUCUACGUGGUUUGGCAGAAUAUUAUGUGGAGGUUGAGUGUGCCCGCAAAGAUUUACACAGUGGUGUAUUUGGUGGCACUGUACAUGAGGCAAUGACUGAUUUAUGUUGGCUGUUAGGCAUUUUGGUAGAUAAAGAUACGAAUAUACUUAUUCCCGGUAUUGAGAGAGAUAUUGCACCUUUGCUACAUAACGAACAUGAAAUCUAUCAAAAUAUUGAUUUCGACGUGGAAGAUUACAAAAACGAUGUUGGUGCCACAUGUCUACCACACAACGAAGACAAAAUUCGUUUACUUAUGGCCAGAUGGCGAUAUCCAUCAUUGUCCAUACACGGUAUUGAAGGUGCCUUCUAUGAACCCGGCGCCAAAACCGUGAUUCCCGCUAAAGUCAUUGGUAAAUUCUCUAUACGUUUGGUACCCAACCAGGAUGCUGAUCACAUUACCGAAUGUGUUACAAAAUAUUUAACGGAAAAAUGGUCUGAACGUGGUUCACCGAAUAAAAUGAAAGUCUCUUUGGUAUCAGCAGGUAAACCAUGGGCCGAAGAUCCAAAUCAUCCACAUUAUGAUGCGGCAAAAACAGCCAUUAAACAUGUUUUCAAUGUAGAGCCGGAUAUGAUACGUGAGGGUUGUUCAAUACCAGUUACCCUGACUUUUCAAGAGGUUACCGGCAACAAUGUUCUACUUUUGCCGGUGGGUGCGUGUGAUGAUGGAGCCCAUUCACAAAAUGAAAAGAUUGAUAUUUACAAUUAUAUUGAAGGGACUAAACUCUUGGGUGCCUAUUUGUAUGAAGUGGGUAAACUGUAAUUUAUU